CUUAAUCAUGUUAUAAUUGUUGUAAUCUAUUUUCCUUUUUUUCUUUUUCAGUUUCAAAAAAAAUCUAGAAAUAAAUACUCAAAAAGUAGUUAUGAAAUCAGCAAGUUGCGUGGAUGAGAUGACGAGCUCCAUAAGUAUAUAAAUUUGUAGCUGCAUAUCGAAACACAAGAGGGCCUCGAUUCUUCCCUCUGUAAGCAUUCCACUGUGUGAUUUUGUCUUGGUUGUGUUAGUAUGGUGUUUGAUGUUGGUGGAUUGCGCCUCAAUUCAGACCUAGCCGACGGUGAUUUAAGAUCGGCGCUUUUGCGAAUCGGAGAAAUGGUUGUUGCUACUGAAUCGAACGACGCCUCUGGCAAGUAUUCUUCUAAGGAUUCUGUGAUUGUUGAGAUUUCUGACACCGCUCAUCAAAUUAGCCAAGAUUCAUGGUUCCAGGUGGGGUUUGUGCUUACGACGGGGAUAAAUAGUGCGUAUGUGUUGGGAUACUCUGGCACUAUUAUGGUUCCACUGGGUUGGGUUGGUGGUGUGGUCGGACUAAUUUUAGCAACAGCGAUAUCUUUGUAUGCAAAUAUGUUGGUAGCCAAGCUUCAUGAAUACGGAGGAAAGAGGCAUAUCAGAUACAGAGACCUUGCAGGAUUUAUCUAUGGUGACCAAGCCUAUAGUAUUACAUGGGCGCUGCAGUAUGUUAAUCUCUUCAUGAUCAAUGUCGGAUACAUCAUUUUAGCUGGCAGUGCCCUUAAGGCUCUUUAUGCGCUCCUCCAAGAAGAUUCUGGCAUGAAGCUUCCACACUGCAUUGCAAUUUCUGGCUUCGCAUGUAUCCUUUUUGCAAUUGCCGUACCCCAUUUAUCAGCACUACAAGCAUGGCUGGUAUUUUCGACAAUUUUAAGUCUGGUGUACAUUCUAACAGCUUGUGUUCUGGCUCUAAAAGAUGGCAUUGAAGCUCCUCCUCGAGACUACAGCAUUCAUGGAACAACUACAAACAAAAUUUUCACCAUAAUCGGUGCAUCAGCUAACCUCGUUUUUGCUUUCAAUACUGGAAUGCUUCCAGAAAUACAGGCAACCGUGAGGCAGCCUGUUGUUGACAACAUGUUGAAAGCUCUGUAUUUCCAGUUCACAGCUGGAGUUAUUCCGAUGUAUGCUGUCACUUUCAUUGGUUACUGGGCGUAUGGAUCAGAGGCAUCGGCCUACUUGCUGCACAAUGUUCACGGCCCAGUCUGGUUGAAGGCCGCAGCAAAUAUCUCAGCUUUCCUGCACACUAUCAUUGCUUUGCACAUCUUUGCAAGUCCAAUGUACGAAUAUUUGGAUACAAAGUAUGAGCUGAAAGGAAGCGCCCUAGCAGCACGCAACCUGUCUUUCAGAAUUGUGGUAAGAGGCGGCUACUUGGGAAUAACGACCUUCGUCUCAGCACUGCUGCCAUUCUUGGGCAAUUUCAUGAGCCUCACGGGGGCGCUGAGCACGUUCCCCCUCACGUUCAUUCUGGCAAACCACAUGUAUCUGGUGGCCCGGAAACACAAGCUGACGUCGAUGCAGAAGAAUUGGCAUUGGCUCAAUGUUGUCUUCUUUGGAUGCAUGUCUCUUGUAGCCGCGAUUGCUGCGAUGAGGCUCAUUAUUGUUGAUUCAAAUAAUUACCAUUUCUUUGCUGAUCUAUAGGUGUUUUUAUUUGUUCAAGGGUAUUUUUUAGCCCCCUCCAUUUUUUUCAUUGCAAUUCAAAUGUCCAUUUCAUUUUUUUGCAUGUAGUCAAUUCAUUGUAAAUGCGGAGUACUAUAUUAAUGGAGAAGCCAUAUAUAUAUCAUAUAGAAAAACAGUGUCAUUUGAUUUAA